AUGAGAAAGACCAAAAACACAUCUCUGGACACCGUGGUCACAGAUUUCAUUCUCCUGGGCUUACCUCACCCCCAAAAUCUGAGGAUCCUCCUCUUCCUGGUCUUCUUCAUCAUUUACAUCCUCACUCAGCUGGGGAACCUGCUCAUUCUGCUCACUGUGUGGGCUGACCCAAAGCUCCAUGCUCGCCCCAUGUACGUGCUUCUGGGUGUGCUCUCAUUCCUGGACAUGUGGCUCUCCUCAGUCAUUGUUCCUCGUCUAAUGUUGGACUUUACUCCUGCCAACAAGGCAAUACCGUUUGGUGGUUGUGUAGCUCAGUUGUAUUUCUUUCAUUUCCUGGGCAGCACCCAGUGCUUCCUCUACACCUUGAUGGCCUACGACAGGUACCUGGCAAUAUGCCGGCCUCUGCGCUACCCCAUGCUCAUGAAUGGUAAGUUAUGCACCAUCCUUGUGGCUGGAGCUUGGGUGGCUGGCUCCAUCCAUGGAUCUAUCCAAGCCACCUUGACUUUCCGUCUGCCCUACUGUGGGCCCAACCAGGUGGAUUACUUUAUCUGUGACAUCCCUGCAGUAUUGAGACUGGCCUGUGCUGACACAACUGUCAAUGAGCUUGUGACCUUUGUGGACAUUGGGGUAGUGGCUGCCAGUUGCUUCAUGCUGAUUCUGCUCUCCUAUGCCAACAUAGUCCAUGCCAUCCUGAAGAUACGCACUGCUGAUGGGCGACGGCGGGCCUUUUCCACCUGUGGCUCCCAUCUCACCGUGGUCACAGUCUACUAUGUCCCCUGUAUUUUCAUCUACCUCAGGCCAGGCUCCAAGAGUCCCCUGGAUGGAGCAGUGGCUGUGUUUUACACUGUUAUCACUCCAUUUCUGAACCCCCUCAUCUAUACACUGAGGAACCAGGAAGUGAAGUCUGCUCUGAAGAGAAUAGCAGGAGUUCGAGGGGCUGCAAGUGAAAAUAAGUAA